UAGCACAAACUGACUGCAAAGUAUAACUCCUGCCCACUCAUCUACCUUUCCGCCUCACUCCUCUCACAAAUCCUUUCCCACUUUUCUCUGUUCCUGCUCAUACAUCGCCUAGAUCUCUCCGCGCGUUCCCCCAUCCGUAAUCCGAAGCAGUCACGAGCUCGCGUCUGGGAGAUCCAGCGCCUCAACCAAGGUUUUAAUAGGUCCAACAGUUCUACCAGAAUGAUGGUUUUGGAUGAUUGCAGAGGUGAAGCUUGCCAAAUGUAGAUUUGGAAGUCCUGUCAUUGUUACGUAUACACCUCGAUCAUGGCACCACGCAAUAGACCUUCGUCUAAAAGGCCUCUCUGGAUUGUCGUCUUGAUUGCUUUUGUCUGUGCAAUAGUCACUGGAGCUUAUCUCUACAAACCCCAACAGUACACGUCUUGUUACUUGUCAAAUUCCUGCAGUUCCCAGCCUCCCCCAGAACCCGUGAGAGUGUACACUGAUGAUGAGAUAGCUGCUCGUGUUGUCAUAAGAGACAUUGUUCGGUCACAGCCUGUCCGGUCAAAGAAUCCGAAAAUUGCUUUCAUGUUCUUGACGCCCAGUUCAUUGCCUUUUGAGAAGCUUUGGGAAAAGUUCUUCACGGGACAUGAAGGCAGAUACACAAUAUACGUACAUGCUUCAAGAGAAAGGACUGUUCAUGCCAGUCCAUUAUUUGCUGGCAGGGAUAUUCGGAGUGAAAAGGUGGUCUGGGGUACAGUUUCUAUGAUUGAUGCAGAGAGGAGGCUCUUGGCAAAUGCACUGCAAGAUGCUGAUAACCAGCAUUUUGUCUUGGUCUCUGAGAGCUGUGUACCACUGCAUAACUUCGAUUAUGUGUAUAGUUAUCUCAUGGAGACAAACAUCAGCUUUGUUGACUCUUUCGACGAUCCUGGUCCACAUGGAGCAGGUAGAUACUCUGAUUAUAUGCUACCUGAAAUCGUCAAGAGAGAUUGGAGAAAAGGUGCACAGUGGUUCACUGUGAAACGGCAGCAUGCAGUCCUUAUUCUUGCUGACACCCUUUACUAUGGGAAGUUCAAACGCUACUGUAAGCCAGGAAAUGAAUGGCACAACUGCUAUUCUGACGAGCACUAUUUGCCAACCCUGUUUAACAUGGUUGAUCCAACUGGAAUUGCCAACUGGUCAGUGUCACAUGUCGAUUGGUCAGAAGGAAAAUGGCAUCCUAAAGUUUAUAGGGCUGUUGACACGAGCUUUGAGCUGCUUAAGAGUAUAGCGUCCAUUGACGAGAGCGUUCAUGUGAACAGCAAUGCAAAGCAUCAAGCACAGAGAAGGCCGUGCGUGUGGAACGGCAUGAAGAGGCCCUGCUACCUAUUCGCACGGAAGUUCUACCCUGAGGCGCUUGACACCCUGAUGAACAUUUUCUCGAACUUCACCGUCAUCUGAUCCCAGGACAGACGAGGCAUUUGAGGAUUCUUCCUUCACCGUGGGGUUUGCUGCCCUCCAUGGUGCUACAGUACAGGCGUAAUUGUAUUGUAACUGUUGUUAGAAUCCCGCCAUAUCGAUGUUUAGGUGUUAUUCUUUAGGUCUUGAAACGGCAAUUUUUGCUGGUGUGAACAGCAGCAAUUUCGUGCACACAGAGAAUGCAGCUGCAAAGCUGGUGAUC